UUGUCAAGAAUAAUGAAGCCAUUAGAUAUUGUAUUCACAUCAACUCUACUCUGUUCUGUUUAUUUGUUACCUUGUUUCGCAUUUGGAAGACAUUUUCCUCUCGUUUACUUUACCACAGAAAGUAGUGGAGAGUUACCAGCUGAGGAUCUUGUUCCAAAUCCAUCAAAUCAUAGAGGAAAUAUUCUAGUUAGCAGAGGUGGUGAUCAUUAUUCAGACCAUCAUGAAGCAUCUGGUAAUAAAGAAGACAAAGGCUACAAGCAUAAUCAACACUCAGACCAUGGUGGGCAUAAGAAGUAUUUGAAGAAAAAUGAAGAAGAUGAGCAUGAAGAGCAUGAUGAUAAUGAAAAGAAGCAUCAUGAUGAUGAAGGACAGUAUUUGGAUGAGCACGAACAGCAGAGAGGUAAGAAAAGAGGAAAAUUUGGUGAGAAAAAAGGACAUAAGAAAGGUCACAAGACAAAAGGAUAUCACAAUAAAUUUCAAAAAGAUGAAUACAACAAGGAACAUAAGUUUUAUGAUGAUUAUCAUGACGGUGGACAUCACAAAAAGCAUGGUGAUUAUCAUGCUCAUCAUCAGAAUAAAGAAGGUGGACAUAAACAUAAGAAAAAUCUUCAACAGCAGUAUCAUGAUCAUCAUCACAAGAAACAAGGCCAUCUUGAUGAAGGCCACUAUGAUAAUGAUCAUCAGGGUCAUCAUAAAAAGCAGGGUCAUCAAGAACACCAUUCUGGUCAUGAAGAUUAUAAAAACCAUCAUGAUCAUCAUCAGAAACACAAUUAUGAAGCAAAAAAGAAACAUUAGAAUUUUGAAUAAUUAUUUGAUGUGCUGGUAAUGAGAUUAGCACAUCAUUGAAAUCUAUGUAUUAUCGAUAGACUUGUAUAUCAUAUGAAAACAAAAAGAUCUCUGAACUUUGGACAGUUGAGAUAAUAAUUAUUUUAUGAAUGAAGAAGCAAUCAUGUGAGUAUGACUCAAAAUUUAUACUUGCUCGGUUUUGGAGUAAAUAAUUUUUUUGGAGUAACAACAGUGUUGUGAUUAUCAUUAUAAAAUUUUUCGCUGGAAAUGAUAAUAACAUU